AGUCCAAGAAAUGUACCCAAACGCCAACCACAGGUUCUGUGCCAUGCAUAUAUGGCAAAACUUUCGCAAGAAAUGGGGUGACUUGCAGCUGAAGAAGUGUAUGUGGUCAUGUGCUAAGGCCUCUACGACACAGGACUUCAAUGCUGCAAUGGAUAAGCUGAAAAAGAUCAACGUAGGGGCUUGGGAAUACUUGGACAAGAUUAGUCCGAAACAGUGGAGUAGAGCACAUUUUAGUGAGUAUCCUAAGAUGGAUAACUACACCAAUAAUAACUGCAAGGUGUUUAAUGCCAAGGUUAAAAAGAUGAGGGGGAAACCUAUUAUAACCAUGUUGGAAGAAGUGAGGUGCUACGUCAUGCGAAUCAUGGCAAAGAACAAGAAGGCCUGAAUUGGGUACAGUGGGAGGUUAGCCCCAACCCAACAAAGCAGAUUAGAAAGAGAGAAGAGAGAGAGCAACAAAUGGAGACCCCUUCCAACCGGAGAUGACGCGGGAAAAGUUUAUGAAGUCCAAUGUCUUCCCAUGAAGGUCAGUGUGGACUUGGGCAAAGGUACAUGUAGUUGUAGACUCUGGCAAUUGACUGGGCUACCUUGUAGACAUGCAUGUACUGCUUUAGCUUACCAGAAUAGAAGACCUGAAGAGUAUGCACAUAACUGGCUAACUAUGGGGGCUUAUAAUGCUGCAUAUUAGACUUCAAUGCGCCCAGUUCCAAGCCAAGAGUUCUGGGAGCACGUUGAUACCCUACCAAUUCUGCCACCCAGGUACAAAAAGCCAAUCGGAAGACCUUCAUUGAAAAGAGACAAAAGAAAUGAUGCCCCUAAGGAUAAGAGUGAUCCUCAUAGAACUAAGAGGAGGAUUGGCACCAUCGUAUGCAAAUACUGCCUCCAAGCUGGUCAUAACAACCGAAGCUGUAACAAGAGAAAGGAAGUAAUGGGUGAAGCGAGUGCUGCACCACAAGUCCCUGCAAGUGAUGAGGAUGAAGAUAUGCUGGCUGAGAUGUACUAUGAGGAGACAUUAGAAGCUGCCAAGGCUGAAGCAGCAGCAACUGAGGUGGGAAACGGUUCCACAGCAGCCCAGACUUCACAGCCUCCACCCCCGAUGCCACAACCAACAGCCACACAACCCCAUGAUACAACAACCACUGGAGCAGCCAAGAAACAACAUAAAAGGAGAAGUGUCAAGUGACCACCCCCCUUCUGCACAUACCCCACAAACUUCUGCACCAUCUCCGAAGAAUCCAACCACAACCCCUUCCACACACAACUCUCAAACAACCCCAAAUCCACUGCAGGGUGCUAGUGCAGGGACAACCACAAGGUUUGUGCAGUUCAUGCCUACAACGGAUGUGGACGGUAUUUCUAGAACUAGAGGCAUAGCUGUUAGAGGCAGGGGUGAAGGAAGAGGUCGAGGCAGGAGAGGUGCAUCAAGCGGAGCCAAAAAUAGAAUCUCCAACGGGAGCAGUAACUCAACACCAAUGUCAUAGACUGUGUUGCUUAUGUUUUUUUGCUAUUUUGAUGUAAUUGCCAUUACUGAUAUACUAAUUUUAGGGCACUGGUUGGUUUAUUACACUAUGUUGGAGUAAGCAGCAUUGCUGUUUUGGUUGUUCUGACUGUGAAAUACUACUUCUGCUGUAUUUAACUAUGUUUUUUGGUUUAUUUCAUGGUCAGUCCACUUUUUGAUUAGCUUUCUUGGU